AUGGUAUCUCUCACGGAAUACACUGCCAACGAUGUUGCGCUGCACAAAGCAAAGAACGAUAUUUGGGUGAUAAUUCACGGCAAAGUGUAUAAUAUUACGAACUACGUUCGUGAUCAUCCUGGUGGGGCCGACGUUCUGCGUGACGUUGCUGGAACAGACGCCACGGAAGCAUACGAGGACGUUGGUCAUUCCGAAGAUGCCGACGAAAUUCUGGCAAGCUACUUGAUUGGUACUUUGAAGGGGGCUCGCGAGUUUACACGUCCCAAGGCGAUUCGUGUGGUCCAGCAACCCCCAGAACAAAUAUCGGUCGCGAAGAAUUCGACUUUCUCUACGGGAGCAAUUGUGACCACCGUAGGCUCUGUGGGGGGAAUGGCGUUUCUCGCUUUCCUCCAUACGCGUGGACACCUUCCAAUUUCUGAUUUCAGAGCUCAACUUUUGCGCCUGGUACCCAACUUUGCACAUGCCAGUCUCACUUCAAAGAUAAACCUGGGUGAAAGCGGCUUUUCCCAUGGCUUUAUCUCGGCCGGUGGACUUUUUACGACAAUCGGUGUCGUUAUUGGUACAAAAUUGUCAGGCCUCACGCAGAUCCAGUCCGGCUUUACUCGCUAUCCGUCACAUCGCAAGAGCAAAAAAAUGGCAAAGGCUGAUCCACACCUAGUCAAGGGAUUCCUCGAUCCAAAGGAAUACCAGGAACUUCCGCUGACCGCCAAGGAGAAGCUUUCGCCAAACGUCUAUCGAUUUGCUUUCACGCUUCCACGGCCUAAAGAGAUUAUUGGCCUUCCUAUCGGCCAACAUGUUGCUAUAAAAGCUACCAUCGAUGGUCAAUCUGUUUCUCGUUCAUAUACACCGACGUCGAACAACAUGGAUGCUGGUGUUCUCGAGCUAGUUAUCAAAUGCUAUCCGGACGGUUUGCUCACCGGGAAGUAUCUUGCAAAUCUGGAAGUUGGCGACAAAGUUCUUUUUCGUGGUCCUAAGGGCGCUAUGAAAUACCAAAAAGGCCUUUGUAGUCGCAUUGGUAUGAUUGCCGGUGGAACAGGCAUUACUCCGAUGUACCAGCUCAUUCGUGCUAUAUGCGAAGAUGACGCAGAUACCACAGAAGUUAGCCUGGUGUAUGCAAAUCGGUCAGAAGAGGACAUUUUGCUACGGGAUGAGCUUGAGAAAUUUGCUCGGAGAUAUCCGAAGAAUCUGAAGUUAUGGUACAUGCUGGACCAUCCUCCGCAAAACUGGAAAUACGGCAAGGGAUAUGUGACACCCGCAAUUAUGUCUAACAGACUCCCUGCUCCGUCCUCGGAGACAAAAAUCAUGUUAUGCGGACCUCCCGGCAUGGUCAAUGCUUCCAAGAAGGCCUUGUGCAGCCUAGGAUUUGAAGCCCCUGGAGCUGUGCCUAAAAUUACAGAUCAGAUCUUCUGUUUUUGA